AACCGUUAUCUUUACCGUGCCCCCCCGCUCCCCAUAAUCCCAAAUCGCGCAAGGAGGAACUCAAAUCCAGAGCCCUCUCCUCCCCAAACCCUCCCCUCCCCUAGCGGAUCCACACUCGCGGCGGCGGCGAGAGCGGGAAGCGAAAACUCGAAGCAGCCCCCGAGCGGCGAGGAGCAUGGCCAGCGAAGGCGAGCACGCGGCGGCGGGCGAGCAGACGCCGCUCAAGAAGGCGGGCGAGGCGGAGCAGGGCGAGGAGCUCCAGGCCCCCUCCGGCUGGACCAAGAAGCUUAAUCCCACUCGGGGUGGGAAGUUUGAGGUUGUUUUUGUUGCACCAACUGGCGAGGAGGUCAAGACCAAGAGAGCUUUAACCACAUACCUAAAAGCACACCCUGGAGGCCCUGCUCUUUCAGAGUUCGUCUGGGCAACUGGCAAUACUCCCAGACGGUCCUCACGUCUAAGUGCAAAGCCUAAGGCUACUGAGAGCCCAGAAGACGAGAAACCCUCACGCCGAAGUGGAAAGUCUAAGGCUACCGAGAGCCCAGAAGAUGAGAAGCCUGCCAAACGGGGAAGGCCCUCAAGCUCUAAGAAAGGCAAAAAGGGGAAACAGGAGGAUGCAGAGGACGCAGAAGCUGAAAGUGGAGAUCAUGCUGAUGCUGAAGAAGCCAAAGGCACUGAAGUGGAGAUGAAAGAUGCUGAAGAAGCCAAAGUCACUGACCUGGACCUGGAGAUGAAAGAAGCUGACAGUGCUCAGGAAGAGAAGAAAGAGGAAGAGGCUGGAAGUUCGGUUGGAGAGAAGAAAGAGACCGACACUGUUGCUCAGGAAGAGAAGAAAGCGGCUGACACUGUUGCUCAGGAAGAGAAGAAAGCGGCUGACACUGUUGCUCAAGAAGAGAAGAAAGCGGCUGACACUGUUGCUCAGGAAGAGAAGAAAGCGGCUGACACUGUUGCUCAGGAAGAGAAGAAAGCGGCUGACACUGUUGCUCAAGAAGAGAAGAUAGAUGCCCCUGUCGCUGAUGCUCCAGAGAAGACUGAAGAAGUGGAAGGUAAGGCAACUGAAUCUGAAGUAGCUCCCGUGGAGGCUGAGAUGUCUGACCCUGUAACAGAGAACAAGGAAAACGAGAAGCCAGCUGAAUUUGAAGAAGUUCCCGUGGAGUUUGAGAUGUCUGACCUUGUAUCAGAGAACAAGGAAAACGAGAAGCCAGCUGAAUCUGAAGAAGUCCCCGUGGAGUUUGAGAUGUCUGCCCCUGUAUUAGAAGAGCACAAGGAAGAUGAGAAGGCAGCUGAAUAUGAAGUAGCUCCCGUGGAGGGUGAGAAAAGUGAAAACGGUAUGGCAGUCGAAUCCACAGUGCCACCUCCAGCAUCUUCAGAGGAAAAGAAAGUAGAGGCAGAUAGCACCAUCAAUCCGGCGACCCCUCCUCCAGUGGAGGUGAAGGCAGAUGCUCCAGCGGCAGAGGCAGCAAAAGCCACGGAGAAUCCAGCAGACAACACCGUCCCCGAAGAACAAUCCGCCGUGAACGUCGACAACAAUGGACAGAUUCAUCCAGGUGUUUCUCCCGUGAGGUGCAUCUGAAGGUAGGUUCCGUGGACGACAGGCGAGGCGAGGCGAAACGGGGAACAAACCUGGUCUCUGUUUGCUUUGAGAACUGUAAGCGUGUUUAACCUGACAGCGCCUGUAAUUGUAGGCCCUUUCCGCAUACUUCACAGCUUGUUGUCUUAUGAGGUGCUGCAGGGCAGCAGGCUGGCUUGUGCCGCCUCGGUCAUUAUUAUCAUUUGUAACUUGUUAGAGUGCACAUUAAUCUCAGGAGGACAUAGACAUAAUACUUAUGCUGCUGUUGUUGUAACCUGACGACCUUUAUGCCUUUGCCUUGUGUUGUUAUUCAUAAAUAAGCCAUGGAGGCUUGAACA